AUGACUACAGAGAUCCACCCUAGUCAUCCCAGCUGUAAUGCCCGGGCCACAGUGAAGUGCAAUGAGAAAGUCAAGGUGUUCACAGACGAGGGCUGGAGAGCGGUGAGAACAUCAAACUACUGUACGACCUCGCUGACAAAAUGGGUGCUGCAGUGGGGGGCUUCCAGAGCUGCUGUGGAUGCUGGCUACGUCCCCAAUGACAUGCAGGUCGGCCAGACUGGCAAGAUUGUAGCACCUGAACUCUACAUCGCAGUAGGCAUCUCUGGAGCUAUUCAGCACCUGGCUGGGAUGAAGAACAGCAAGAUAAUCGUUGCCGUCAACAAAGAUCCAGAGGCACCUAUUUUCCAGGUAGCUGAAUACGGUUUGGCAGAGGAUCUCUUCAAGGAUGUUCCUGAGAUGACUGCAGCAUUGAAGAAGUGAUCGCCAUCAUGAUCCAACCAAGAUCCUAUAAUCUGAAGAUGAAACAUUAACCAAUUAUAAGCUGCCAGUUUUAACUACCCAAAAGAAAAUCCUGCCUUAAACUGCAUUUCAUGCUUCUUGUGCAUUUUGAAAUAGGUGCUUAAAAUGUCUAGAUCUAAUACAUCUUUUAUUGUGAUAUAUUUUUCAUGAAUAAUAAAGCUAGUAGA